AUGUCCGACAAUUCAGUCAACCAGCAUUUUCGUGGACAGGUCCGCUCUUGGGGCACUGCCAACAAGCCCAAUGGACGCGAUGGCGACGCCAACGAGAGCUCGCCGCUACUUGUAAACGGCAACUCGGCGAACCAUGAGAACCAAGUCGCCAAUAGCGACAGCGGCAAUAAGACGCUCAAGUUCAUCUUCAACUCGACACAUACCCCGGGCACCGAUAGCCCCAACAUCGCCGUUAGGUAUUCCUCGCGGGCGUGGCACUUCACCAAGGUGUCGCUCUUGAGCAACUAUGUCAACUUUCUUCUUGUUAUGGUGCCUCUUGGCAUUGUUGCUGGAAAGCUUCACUGGAAUCCGACUGCCGUCUUCCAGGGCUCAUCAUAA